GCCUUCUGGGCCGGAGCCCAGGCCUACCGCUAUUUGGAGCUUGCGGGACCCUCGGCUUCGCCCACCCACUCUCUCUCCAUACUCCACCCCCAGCCCCAGUUGAGGCCCUCGUUCACUCAGGCCCCAUCUCUGUUCUGGAAACUUAAGACCUCCCCAACCCACAGAACCCACCAGCACCCUCCAGAGCCUCCUGACUCUUUCGUAGAGCGGAUUCUUGAGUUUCCCUGGAACGCCCACCCCUGCCCUAAAACUCCCACUACCCCUGCCGACCCGGUGGGCUCCUAGCCUCUGGCGCUGUGCAGCUCCCUAGCCGGGUCUCCCAGACACCUCUGCCAUCACACGCCCCCCCCCCCGAAUCACCUUCUCAACUUCACCGCUCCCCACUUUCGCCCUUCACCUCCGCCCUGCCCUCAGGACCCCAUGCCCGGGAGCAAGCUGCAGAUGCAUUCGCAAGGCCCACGCUUCCCCGUCGAGCUGGGCUCCGUGAGGGAUCCAGAUGGCCAGGUGGGCCGUCUCCAUCGCCUAGCUCUGGCUGGAGGUCCUUGCUGGGGCCUGGCCAGGCUCCUGCGCAGAGUUGUCCAGGUAGAUGGCGAGAACUCCGCGGGGCAGACGGGGCUCUUCCUGUCCGCACUACUGGGCCAUACUUCUACUGUGCGCCUCCUACUGGCCUCUGGCGCCAACCCCAACCACCGCUGCCUUGACGGCAGCACGCCUAUGCACGCAGGUGCCUUCUCGGGCCGAGCGCUGGUACUGUGGCUCCUGCUGCAGGCAGGAGGUGAUCUGCGCCUGCGCGAUCAGCAGGGCCGCACACCGCGAGACUGGGCUGAGCAGGGUGAUGCCAAGCAGAGUUGGGAGGUGCUGGAGCUGUUGCAGUGGUGCCGAACCCACAUGUCAGCACUGGUGCAGGGUGGGGAGUUGGUGCCCACUGUGUCCCUCGGGCGGUUACGAGCUGGCUCUGGACACAGCCUGUGUGGCUCCCGGAACCCACUAAGGCUGGCACAGGCAGACAGGGCACUGAGGCAAGGGCAGAUCAGGAGAUCCCCCCAAACCCCAGCCUUGGGGUUCGGCCAGCUCAACAGCCUGCAGCCCCCGGCACUGAUAAUGGGCAUUCCACUGGCAGACCCCAAGGAGCUAGUACCAAGCCAGGGUGAACCUGACCGCACCUAUGAGAGCAGUUCUCAUACCCUCAUGGCCAACCUCCUGUGGAAGGGCCACCCUGUUACUGUCCGGCAGCUGAAGACCCCCGAAAUGGACCCUGAUGUGCUACUGGCUGACCUUCAGCACUGCAGCAUCCUGCACCACCCUGGCCUGCUGUUGCUGAUGGCGCUGAGCCCCUCGGAGGACCUGUCCAGACUGAGCCUGCUCUUUGAGCCAGUGUGUCUGGGCUCCCUUUAUAUCCUGCUGCAUUCGGCAAGCCUGGACGAGAAGGGUCCCCAAGCCCUGCCCGGCCUGCUGCCCGGCUCUCUGCUGCUCCAGGUGGUGGAGGCCCUGUUGUUCCUGCAGUCCCGCUGCUGGGCCCAUGGUGGCCUCAGUUCCCAUGCUGUGCAGCUAGUGCGGCCAGGCCUGGCUAAGGUGAGCCACCUAGAACACGGGCGUCCACUGAACCAGCCCAGGCUGCAGCCCAGGCUGCAACAGGAAUACCCCCAGGGAGGCCCAAGUCCAGGGCUCCCCCCACCCCCCGAGCUGUACCCAUGGUUACCACUCGAGCUGAUCCGUGGUGACGUGCCAGCCACUACCUCAGACCUCUACAGCUUCUGCAUCCUGGCCCAGGAAGUCUUCACUGGACAGCUGCCGUGGGCUGGGGGAGAGGGGCCUGAGGUGAAGGCUAAGCUGGAGGCAGGUGAGAGCCCGCCCCUGGACCCCCGGCUGCCAGCCCCCUAUCAGGCCUUGGUUCAAGCUGGGCUGGGCCUAGAACCUGCUGACCGCUGGGGCAGCUUGCAGAGCAGCCGGUACCUAUUGCGAAAGGCCAUGGCCAAGGACUCAGCAGCCAAGGGCAGCUCCCCAACAGAGUGGACGACGCUGUCUCCUGCCACCCUGGGUUCCCUGCCAGAGCAUCCGCACCGUGAAGUGACUCCCGGAGACAAGGCCAGAGCAAGGCUUGUGCCCCCUUUCCCAGACCCUUCCCAGGCCCUGGAGCCUCCUGACGUCACAGGCCACAGCAGCGUCCAACAGAGUGAAGCCUGGGAAUCUGGCAGUAGCUUGACGCUAGGCAGCAGCCUCAGUCCCAGCUCCAGUCACAUAGACCCCAGCUCUGGUGUGGGACCCGGCCACAGCCCCAGCCCGCUCUGUUGUCCGGAGCCCAUGUCAAUAGGACCUGAGAGUGAGGACAGUGAGCUGACAGAGGACAGUGUCUUCUCCAGUCUACAGGAGACGGAUCUGCUGGAGGAGAUCAUGGCAGAGCUGCAGAAUAAGUGCCACCUCGAAGACGCGCCCAGGCCGAGCCCCUCAUAGCCCAGACUCCUCCCUGCAGACGCUGCCCCCGCCCUCAGAGUUCCGCCUCCAAGUGAAGAAAGUGGUCAAGUC